AAUCUAAAAAAAAAAAAAGUCCAGAGGCAGGCAUUCUAGGGCUGGGAUGGCAGCUCCGUGGAGCCGCCAAGGACCCGGUUCCUUCCAGCUCUGCCCCAUCCUAGGGUAUGUGGGGGACGCUGCAGUGCUCACGGCCCCAGGUGGCACCUGCCUGCCACCUGUCUCCCCAGGCACAGUGUGGAGAAGAGUGAAGAAAGACAGUCCCCUCAGGAGACUUCCCAGACAUCCCACGCAUUUUCGUCUGCUUUUUCCUGUCUCACCGAGUAGAGUGCGGUCGUGUGGCCAAACCCAUCCGCAGAGAAGGCUGAAGGAUGUCCAUCUUCAGCCAGGUUCCAUGCUGCAGUAAAUACGUUCGUUAUUCUGUUGGUGAUGAGCUGUGGAAGAAAGCAUAGUGGGUAACAACUAAAACUUUUGCAGUAGCCUUUUAGAAGUUUAAAAAAGUGUAGGUUUAGAUCUAAAAUCGUGUUAAAAGAAACUCUCUGAAGAGGCUGUUUUAUAAACAGUCUGUAGAAGUUGACAUAGCUAUGUAUAAAAAGAAUUAACUCAUUUGAAAAUAGAAGAAAACUCACCAGAAGGAAAGACAGAGACGUGUUGGAUAUAAAAACAUCAGGAUACGUUUGGACAUUUCACAAAAAGAUAAACUUAUUUGGAGAAAGGUGAGCGUCGACAGGAAGCAUUUGAAAAAGACGGAGUGCGAAGCUCUCUCACGUAGUGAAGACUCCAGGGAGCUGCAGUGAUCUGGAGCUUUGGUCCUGGGGCAGGAAUGGGUCUGCGGAACUGAAGGGAGCCCAGAGCCGGAGCCCGACUCAGCACCAGACUGUGGUGUGGGCUGCGUUUCCAUGUGGGGGGGGGGGGUGGCAGGUGUCCAUAGGGCAGAAACCUGGAGAAGAGGAAGACAGGGCAACCUCGCCCAAAUGGAAGGGAGCCAAGAGGACUGACUUCUGUUGUGGUUCUGGCCCUGGCCCAGCCCUGGGACCCUCUGGACAGUCAGCCCUGCCAAUCCGGCAGCAGACCCGUGUCCUGAUGAGCGCCACAGAUUGUGAGAUGGGGACUGAGCACACGGAAGUAAUCCCCAAGGAGGAGGCUUCUGAAGACCCCGAGCCACGCGCGGCCACGUCGGAGAAAUUUCCCCAGGUGGUUUGCCGGGGCCGGGAGUUGGGAGCCGCCCGGGCGGAGGACGCGGUGGUGAGGCGUUCGGGAGCGUCCGCGGACGGGAGCGCGCAGUGGGCGUCCCUUCGCGGGAAAGGCCUCGCGUCGGGGCCGGCCGUCUGUAAGAGGUCCCCGUCGGUUGAGGAGUCCGGGGACAGCGACGAGAGCGAGCGCGUCCGGGGUCCCAGCCCGCACCCGCUGGUGCCCCGGACCACGCCCCGCACCAGCCCCACGGAGAGGGCUGUGGUACCCGGGGCGCAGAGAAGCCCGGUGGGAGGAAAGCCUCACGCGUGCAAAGAGUGCGGGAAGGCCUUCAACCAGAACUCGCAUCUCCUGCAGCACCUGCGUGUGCACAGCGGGGAGAAGCCUUUCGGCUGCGAGGAGUGCGGGAAGGCGUUCGGGACCAACUCGAGCCUGCGGCGGCACCUGCGCAUCCACGCGGGCGAGAAGCCGUUCGCCUGCGGCGAGUGUGGCAAGGCGUUCAUCCAGAGCUCGCACCUCGUGCACCACCACCGCGUCCACACCGGCGAGCGGCCCUACAAGUGCGGUGAGUGCGGCAAGGCCUUCAGCCAGAACUCUGCGCUUGCCCUGCACCAGCGCAUCCACACGGGCGAGAAGCCGUACGCGUGCGGCGAAUGCGGCAAGACCUUCCGCGUCAGCUCGCAGCUCAUCCAGCACCAGCGCAUUCACACGGACGAGCGCUACCACGAGUGUGGCGAGUGUGGCAAGGCUUUCAAGCACAGCUCUGGCCUUAUCCGCCACCAGAAGAUCCAUACCGGCGAGAAGCCCUAUCUGUGCGGCCAGUGCGGUAAGGGCUUCGGCCAGAGCUCCGAGCUCAUCCGCCACCAGAGGAUUCACACGGGGGACAAACCGUACGAGUGCCGCGAGUGUGGCAAAACUUUCGGCCAGAAUUCGGAGAUCGUCCGGCACGUCCGCAUCCACACCGGCGAGAAACCGUACGUGUGCGCGCAGUGCGGAAAGGCCUUCCGGGGCAACUCGGAGCUGCUGCGGCACGAAAGGAUCCACACGGGUGAGAAGCCCUACGAAUGCUUCGAGUGCGGGAAGGCCUUCCGGCGCACCUCCCACCUCGCGGCGCAUCAGCGGGUCCACGCCGGGGAGAAGCCCCACCAGUGCAGCGAGUGCGCGAGGACCUUCUGGGACAGUUCGGAGCUGCUCCUCCACCAGAAGACCCACGGCGGCGGGAAGCCGUACGCGUGCGGUGAGUGCCAGAGGACCUUCGGCCAGCACUCCCAGCUCGUCCUGCACCAGCGGGUCCACACUGGCGAGAAGCCGUACGCGUGCGGGGAGUGCCAGAAGGCCUUCGGCAGGAGCUCCCACCUGCUUCGGCACCAGAGCGUGCACGGCGCCGACUGAGCGCCCGGAUUAGGGCCUCCGCUGCGCCGGGCCUGCACACCCUGUGGGAGGACCACACUGUGGCUCGUCGGCCCACGCAGUGGUUGGAUAGGAGAGGCUUUUAGGAACUGUUCCCGGAGAGGUUUCAGGAUCCCGAGUUCCACCAUAAAAGCUGUUUCAGGCCUCAGUGUUCCCUCUGUCUGCCUUCGCACCCCCUCCCUGCACCCUCAAGGGGAUGCCAUCGCCUUCUGGGUCUGUACAGGCCACAUAACCUGGAUUAUUACUAAUCAGGAACUAUGGGGGCCUACCGUUCCGCCACCUUCCAAGAGAGGCAGUGCUGACUCGUGGAUGAUUUUCCUCUAUGGUGUUAAGACAGUCGAGCAGAGGACACCCUCCCUGUCCUCCUGCCCGCCGCGGAGCCCUGGGACCCUCGACGGACGUUCUUGCCGCUUUGACAUCUUGCAGAUGUGCUGCCGAGGAGCCUUAGAUGAUCGCAGAGGCGGGAAGCUUGGGGACUCCACACCCGCGGUGCCUCCUUGUUCCUCUGCAGAGUGUGCAGGAUGGAGGAGGCGACAGCCACCUCCAGGAUGGCGAGCGAGGCUCUGAGCAUUCUGAGGGGCUGGUGGGUGACGCCAGGGGCGGGAGGAGGGCAGCGAGCCUGGGCCAUCCAGCAGGGCAGGAGCGGCCCGUGGGCAGCUGUGCCCGACGUGGAGGCUAUGCGGAUGGAUGGCCGGCCGGCCGGCUGGCCUCCUAUGUCCCGUGCCAGGACGUUGCACAGGGACUACACAGCCUUGCUGUCAGCAGGCACCUGCCCCCAUGCUGGGCCAGUUCUCCUGCCCGACCUGGGCCUCACCUUGGAGCCGUCUGCUGUGUGCAGCCCCCUUGUUUCUUCCACACGAGUGUCCUGUGUCCUCCUCGGGUGUAUGCAGGUCCGAGCGUCAGAGGCACCAGGAGGCAGCAGGCCGUGCGCAGCUGGACUCCAGCAGGUAGAGACGGCUCUGACCUUGAGACAAGGGGACAUGAACUCUGCGAACUCCAGGGUCCAGCCGGCCCCGCGGUUCUGGACUUCUUACAUCUAACGGGAUACGUCCUCAGUGCUCUGUUUAAUCUCCUUGUCAUGCGUUACUGACUCCUAGCGUUUUCCGAGUGUUUGCUGUGCCAGGCCUAGUGCCAGACGCCUUCCGUUCUUCCUUUCAUGGCAUCUCUGAUGUGGGUCCCCUGUAAGCGGCUGAGUGGGUUCCAUGUUCGGACCAUAAAAUUCACCUGGUUUC